AAGCUUUAUUGCGCACACCAGAAUUGUUCAGCAAAGAAGUUUAAAUAAAGAGACGGAUUGAAUUAUUCAAGGUAAAGCCCUGAGUUGAAGCUGCAUGCUGGAUGAUCGUCUGGGGUUUAUUAUACUGGAAGUGCUCCUGUAUCCCCGUUCCACUGAUAUUACUAGUUACCCUGUGUAAAUUACAUUAGCAUCCUUAGCUACGGCUAGUGAUGGAAAGACUACUAGACCUGGUUAGCAUAGCUCCAUACUGGUAAAUAGAGGUUCAAGACUCAAUACUGUGAACAACGCAAAACUUCACCUACUGAUAAAAUGUUGACCAGCUACGUGAUAACAUAACAAAGACACCACACGUUACCGUAGCCGACAUCCUGCCAAUGCAUAGAGUGCCUCAGUAGCAAGUGGAAGAACCAUACACAGCCACAGCAGCCUGGCACCUCCAUCUCAUGCUGGUCACCAGCUUGGACACACACCGCUGAGGGUUGGCAUCAUAUUCUUCAACCGGCAUUUGUCGCAAGUCAGCCAGUAUGGUUGUGUUGAUCACUGGCACGAGCAGCAGGCCCAAGCUGAUCCCAUAAGUCUUUUGUGGGUUUGAGGUCAGGACUGAAGACCAGAAGAGGGUUCUGCCUCCAAAAUGAUGGAGUUACCUAACUACAGCAGCCAGCUGAUGCAGCAACUGUGGGCCUUGAGGAAGGAGGGCCGCUUCUGUGACUGCACCAUCUUAGUGGGAGAGAGUCGUCACCACGCACAUAAACUGGUGCUGGCUGCCUCCAGCAUGCUCUUCAGGUCUCUCCUGGAUGGCUCUGACACUAUCUCCAUUGACACAGCUGUGGUUUCCUCACAGGAAUUUGGCUGCCUACUGGACAUGGUCUACACCGGUAAGCUGCCUCUGGGCAAACACAACGUCAGCCGCAUUGUUGCCGCUGCAGACAGCCUGCAGAUGUUUGAUGUGGCUGUUGGCUUUAAACACGUACUCACUAGUCUGGUGAACCAGCAGCCCUCAGCGUCAGUCAGUUCUGCUCGUACACCAAACCUCAACAUGAUCAACAAUUCCCAGAGUAUGAACCCUGAAGGCUCAGCCUCACUCAACAGCGACAACUUGACUUCAGACAAGAUGGAGUUGAAGGAUGAACUGAAAAAAGAACGGUUUCAGCGUGACAGAGAUGCAGCAGAAGAACCAGCGUGUAAAAGAGCCUGUGUGGAGCUCCCUGACACAUCAGGACCUGAUGAAGCCAAAUCCUCAGAAAGCACAGAUGAAUUAAGCAACACAUUGGCAGCCAGGAUAUCCAGUGAGCCUGCCACUGGUCUUCUGAAACAUUCCUCUCAGCUUGUGGGGCUCCUUGCCAACAUGUCAUCUGUUGUGGAGCUGCUGAGCCAAGCAGCAAAGAGCAGCCUGAAAGAAGAAGAGAGACAGGUUGUGUGUCAGUGCUGUGAGGAGGCUGAUCCCAGCCCAGUGCUGGAGAAGCUCAUGAGUAAAGUGAAAGAGGGGCAGAUCAGUCAGGAAGGGCUUAUCAAGUUGCUACGCACUGUCAAGCAGAAAGCUUCAUCCUUCUUCCCCACACAACUGCUCUCUCUGCUGGAGGAGGGGGAGAAUAACAUACAACAGCGUGAUGGAAACCAAACUGGAGUUGACUCAGGGCAGAACAUCAGAAGUAAAGAACACCAGCAGGAAGAGGUAGAAGACAAAAACACUAAAGAGGUGGAGAUCAAUGAGGACCAGAAAGAUGCAACUACAGUGAUAGACUUUUCCCCUCCUUCCUCAUCCUCCCCUUCCUCUCACUCCAAACCCUAUUCCUGUCACUGGUGUAAGAAGAGUUUUGAUUACAAGUGUCGAAUGCUGGCCCACAUGAAGCGCUGCUCCAUGUCCCAGGAGUGUGAGCAGCAGUGCACUGAUUGCCCUGAGAAACUCUCUAACCAGCGAGCCCUGCAGCGCCACCGAGCCGAGGCUCACCGCAACAUUGCACGGGUCAAGAAGAAGGUGGCCUGUGACCUCUGUGGCCGCACCUUUGCCCACCCAUCAGGUAUGAUUUACCACAAACGGACUGAGCACUUUGAAGAGAAGCCGUUUGCUUGUGAGGAAUGCGGUGCCAAGUUUGGUGCAAACUCAUCUCUGAAGAAUCACAUGAGGCUGCACACAGGAGAGAAACCCUACCACUGCAAACACUGUGACAUGAGCUUCAGUGUGGCUGCUGCACUUGCAUACCACACCAAAAAGAGACACUCUGAGGGGAAGAUGUAUGUGUGUCAGUAUUGCAAGGCUGUCUUCGCCCAGUCCAUAGAGCUGACACGUCAUGUGCGAACACACACAGGCGACCGGCCUUAUGUCUGUCGACAAUGUGGCAAAGGCUACAGCCAGGCCAGCGGACUCACUGUGCAUCUGCACACUUUUCACCACCUGUCAGAGCCCCAUGACUGUCAGAAAUGCUGUCUCAGCUUCUCAUCACUGGAGGAACAUCGGCAGCACAUCCAGGAGUUUCAUCCAAAGGAGUUCCAUAAGUGUCCCACUUGCAGUAAGGUGUUUACGAGUGCCGCCCUGCUGGACAAACACAAGGCCACCCACACUGGAACAAAACCCUUCAGAUGUGACCUCUGCAACAAGUCAUACCAGCAACUGUCAGGCCUAUGGUACCAUAACAGGACCAACCACCCUGAUGUAUUUGCCAGCCACACCCGACAGCUCAAGACCCUGGUCCAGUGUGACGUUUGCUUCAAGUUCUUCCCCAGUGCUGCCAGUUUGGCUAAACACCAGACUACUGAGCACCAAGGCUCAGAAGCGUCAGUGGUGCGUUGUCUGUACUGCAAGACUGUGCUGGGUGGGGACGAGGAAAUGCAGGAGCAUAUCUGCACUCAGCAUAUCAGCCAGAGCAGUGAGGCAUUCAGCUGCCCCCUCUGCUCUCUGCUGUGCACCUCUCAGAUGGAACUGCAAGAGCACCUGAUUUCCUGCCACAUGGAGACACGGCAGGAACACGAGAGUGGGGAGGAAGAACACGCCUCCACCUCCUACACGGUGAUAGCAGCGGAUCCAGCAGGGGACAAAGAGCAAGGGGUGGAGUCAGAGGAGCAAGGGCAACACGGAAUUGGUCAGCAGGUGUUUGUAGCUCUGGCAGGUGGUAGAGAGGGAAGAUCAUCAGCAGAGGUGGUGGAGGUGAACAUGUAUGAUCUUCUGAACAACUCUGUGGCCUUUAUCUGCGAGGACAAACUGGCAGGUUCUGAUUCUUAGCUGUGAGAUGAAUUUAGGACACUGAGCAAUGCUGUGGUUAUCAUCAUUAAGAUAAACCGGGGACUUUGUCCACCACAGACUUUACUUUGGUAGUUUUACACAUUUAAAUGUGGUAGAUGUGUUGCUUUUUGUGCACAAAAGCCCAGGGUGGCUUUUAAGCAUAAUCACAAGAGAUGCAACUAAAGUAAAACUCCAAACAUAAAAUUGAAAAACUAUUGCCAUCAUAUGUGUGUGUCAUUUCCUGUAGUUCCAGUUAACAACAACCCAACGCAAAGUGAUUGUUUACUUUCAGUCUGGCCAUGAUUGCUGUCUAAACUUCUAAAACCUUUUUUAAUUCUUAACAAUCAAACAGACACUUUUAUAUAAAUAUUUAAGUGUAGAUGGUUUGUUUUUGAAGUCAACAUUCCAUGAAAAGACCGAAAAACAAUGCUAUCUACCAUUACUUCCCUAUUAAUCUUUACAAAAGGGUCAGAAAUGUACUUUCAACCAAGACUUCCAACAUCUGGACACUAUAGAAACCUAUGCAUUUGUUAGGGACUAUUUUCAGCUGCAGAUUAAUACAGAUUUGCUGCUCUAGUGAGUAUUUAUGGCAGCAGGAUGAUAUGUGUGAGACUGAGUCAAUAUAAACCUUGUAUAUUAUAAUUUAUAGUCAUGGUUGACUUUGGAUCUUUUCAUGGUAUUUGUGACAUGUAAUAAAAUCUGAAAUACUGGAAUUUUUUUACCCUUUGAAAGCUUUCUGGGAUGUUUCCUGUUGUAGCUGUAAUAAUAAAAUGACUGUCACAGCUGAAGAAAGUUGUCUCUCCCCUGAAAUUCUGCCAUUUUGCCAUAGCUCACAUUUGUUUAUCCCAUUAAGUUGGAACAUGAAAUGACAUGGCCAGUACAUAUCUACUGUGGUUGAGUAUUAAUAAAAAAAGAAAAAAAAGAUGUGUGUCUUCAGAAAUAUUAAAAAAUCCAAACAUAAGUGUAUUUACUUAUUUAUUAUUGGUUCACAAUCUGACAAGGAUUAGAUAAAUACAAACAUCUAUUCUGGUCACCUCAUAAACUCUGACAAAGGAUAAUCCUGAGAAGUACUAAGCAUAACAAUAAAAUCCACAUCUAGCUAGUUAUGCUCAGGUAUAUGCCUACCAAUGGUCAAAGGUUUCUGUACAAGUCUUUGAGGUACAUGAAAAAAUGUACUUUCCACUAUUGCACAUUUAUUGUAUUUUUUUCAUCCAGGCUUGAGAGGACAGGUACAAACUUGUUAAAGCAGUGAAGAAGAAGACAACUUUCUCAUUAGUUUCCUAUUAGUGGAAACGUUUCAGACCAGAAAUAAAAUCAUACUAGAACAAAGUACAUUUUAUAUGUUGCGUUUGGAGAUGAUGGUCACUCCCUCUUAUUUCAAAAACACACUAACUACAGCCUGCUUGCUUUCUGAGUGAUUCCCAAUGAGCUUACUAUGUUGUCAAAAAGAAAAUACUACUUUUUUUGAUAUGAUAGCGUACGGGUCAGUGGCGCUUAUCCAAUACCGAGUCAUCCGUCUGUCUCUCAACGUUGCUAAAUUUGCUGCUUCUUGAUCAUUUAUAUUUGAAAUUUUCUGACAUUUUGCACAAAUACUCUUGGGUAAAGCUCUACAAAAUAGGGGAGACAGUUUUUUGAGUUUUUAGAUUUCUUUUUUUUUUUUGAGUUUUCUAAAUUUUUCAGAAAUACUGUACAUUGAUGUUCACCUUUAAUCCCUACUCCUCCCUCAUUCCUAGGCCCACUCUUUUGAAACUUGGUGUGCAUUUUUAAUGUGCAAAGCUCUACAGAUUGAUUACAUUUUCUAAAUUUUCAAUUUUUAUAUUUCAUGAAUUUUUGUAAUUUUGAAGAAAUGGUACAUUCAUGUUUAACUUAAAUAACUAUUUCUCCCUUAUUUAUUGGCUCAAUCUUGUGAAACUUGCUGCAAGUGUUCAUUGGGCAAAUCUUUACAAAAUUCUGCAGGUGAAUUUCUGAUUUAUGGCUUAAUUUUUCAUGAAUUUUCAAAAUUCAUUCGAAUUUUGGAAGGCCUGGGUUCGAUUCCACCUUGGCCCAGUCCCCUCCCUCUCUCCC